CGUAAAACCAUUUCUUCAUACAUUGUUUGCUUCCCUUGCUAGCCUUCCUCACGAAUACAGGAGCAAACCCUAAAAAAGCACAAGAACGGAAGAUAGUCGGAAGAGCGAAAACGAAACAGGGGGAUCGAAAGAAAAAGUUAGUAGCCAUGGCGACGAGUAACGACGGCGGGGUUUCGAGGGAGACGCAGAUGUCGAUCGAGGCGUCGUCGAUGUUUCCCGGUUUCAAAUUCUCGCCGACGGACGUGGAGCUGAUCUCCUACUACCUGAAGAAGAAGUUGGACGGCGACGAGAAGUGCGUCGAGGUGAUUCCUCAGGUGGAGAUCUGUAAACACGAGCCAUGGGACUUGCCAGCGAAAUCGAUAGUCCAAUCGGAGACGGAGUGGUUCUUCUUCUCGCCUCGAGGCCGGAAGUACCCCAACGGCUCCCAGAGCAAGAGGGCGACGCCGCUCGGCUACUGGAAAGCCACCGGCAAAGAGCGCAACGUACGAUCCGGCUCCGCCGUCAUCGGCACCAAGCGCACCCUCGUCUUCCACAUCGGCCGCGCCCCCAAAGGCGAGCGCACCGAGUGGAUCAUGCACGAAUACGCCCUGUACGCCGGCGCCAAUGAUUCAAUGGUCGCGUGCCGGCUGAGGAGGAACGUGGAUUUCCGCGGCCACCACAGCAAUUGCAGUGGCAUCUCGGCAGAGAACAAAAAUGAACACGGAAAUGGGGGAGAGAGCUCGAAGAAGACCGACAGCAGCUCCGACUCCCACUCGAUCGAGCAGCCCAACGGCGGCGCCACUCCGGCUGCUGCUGCCGAGUCCUCGAGCCGCUGCCGCCGCGACGAUCAAUUCCAGCUGCAAAUGCUGGAGGAAUCGUGCCGGGGGCUCGAUUUCUCGGACCACGAGGAGGAGGAGGACGAUUUCUUCGCCGACAUUCUCAACGACGACAUUGUCCGCCUCGACGAUCAGCUGUCGGCAGGCCUCGCUGCCCCGGACAUUUCGGCGGCUGCGGCAAUACAGGGGCUGGCGCCGUCCUGGCUGGCGCCGCAGCAGCAGCAGGGGAAGCUGGGAGAAGAAUCGAAAGACAGGGGAAGGGAAAGGGAAGAGGCAGAGGCAGAGGAAGCGGAGAAGGAGAGGCAGAAGAGGGAGAAGAAGUUGCCGAGCUGCGCGGUUGGGUUGGUGAUGUUCGUGGAGAAGAAGCGCGGGAAAGCGGUGGCGGUGCUGUUCGUGGUGACGGUGCUGAUUGUGGUUGGGUUGAUGGCCUUGUUUGGGUCUCUGUUUAGCCAUGAUAAGGUUUCAGGGAGGAUCAGGGAACUCGUGCAUCUGCCGGCGUUGGCGUUUAGGUCACACUCCUGGAAGCUGCUGCAACGAUGGUGAUGAUGGUGUUAAAUAUAGCUAGCAGGUUGGUUGAUGGUGUUACUGUUGCCGUCUUAGUUUGGGUUUCUUAGCGCGCCUUUUUUUUUUUUUUUUUUUGGUCUUCGUCUCCAACUGUCCGUUUAUAGAGGAUGGGUCGAGAGUCGUCUAUGCUUCAUAUGAACAGUAGCUCUUUCUUCUUAUUAUGCUAGCACGGUAGAACCUCUGUCAUGGUAGUAGCCUAGUAGGUCUAGAUAUUGAUCUUUUUGUUGUGGAACGGUCUCCUAUCAAUCGUAAUAUAUUAUUUGAUUGUAG